GCUGGGUGCAUUUGUCAGCUAUCUGUUUAUAUUCGUAGGUGUCAGUUACUUUGACUUAUACUAACAGUUUUUGUUUUUGCAUUUGAGAUCUAAAUUUACGAAAAUAACUAAUUUAAUUUUUCACGAAAGACACUUAGAUGGCUUUGCGCAGUGUGUUUAGGUGGGCGGUGUAUUUCUUGAUUGUCUUCUCAAUUAUUUGUACUUUAGCCAUACAUUCUUAGUCGGCCAUGCAUUAACACUUUUAUUAAAACAUGAGUGGUUCAUUUUUUUGUGUUUUUGGGAAAAUAAAACUUGGUAUGACCAAACGUCACAUAGAGCAGUAAGACGAACAUCGCUGGUGUCUAAGUAUUGAUGUCGGGUGGCGGUGAGAACGCGCUGUAAUCACCGUAAAAUGCGAGGGGAAACAAAGCAACACCCAUCUGCGACAUUUAAGUCGCUAACGACGUUACCUGUGAUAAUGCCUCGACUUGGAAACUUUGCGAAACCGCGGCAUGUUGUUGUCAUUACCUUGUUAACAUAGUAUGACUACUCUCGCUUUUUACUCUCACGUUUGGUUCUAAGAGAGACCAGUUGAGAACCACCCGUUAGACCUGAGCAGAAACUGGAUUGAGAUUAUGGCAAAUCGCGGAGGAGCUACACGGCCGAAUGGAUCAAACACCGGGAACAAGAUCUGCCAGUUUAAGUUAGUGCUUCUAGGGGAGUCUGCAGUGGGAAAAUCAAGCCUUGUGCUCCGUUUUGUUAAGGGACAGUUCCAUGAGUUCCAGGAGAGCACAAUAGGAGCGGCCUUCCUGACCCAGACAGUUUGUUUGGAUGAUACAACGGUGAAGUUUGAGAUCUGGGACACAGCUGGACAGGAGCGUUACCACAGUUUAGCACCCAUGUACUACAGAGGUGCGCAGGCCGCCAUUGUGGUGUAUGACAUCACAAACAAAGAAUCAUUUGCACGUGCAAAAAACUGGGUGAAAGAACUUCAAAGACAAGCAAGUCCCAGUAUUGUCAUAGCUUUGGCUGGGAAUAAGGCUGACCUUGCGAACAAGAGGGCUGUGGACUUUCAGGAAGCGCAGUCAUAUGCAGAUGAAAACAGUUUACUGUUCAUGGAGACAUCUGCAAAAACCUCAGUGAAUGUCAAUGAAAUCUUCAUGGAAAUUGCAAAGAGAUUGCCCAAGAAUGAAGCUCAAGCUUCUGUGCCGGGCGCUGGCAGAUCCAGGGGUGUGGACCUAACUGAGACAGCCCAGCCCAGCAAGAGCUCCUGCUGUAGUAACUAACCUGAUUUCUUCUACUCCCCCAAGCUUGCCCCACUUUCUAACUGAGUAACACUUGGACUGGGACCCCUUUAUCCCAAACCAGCUCUCUGGAGGAAUAGUGAAAGACUAUAUAGCUGCAUUUCUAAUACUUUUUAACUUACUUUUUUUUAUGAUCUCAGAGAUUAUGAACGCAUGUAUCACUACAAGGCCGAAACAUUUUUUUACAGUUCAGAAAUAGGCUAUUAAACUAACAACAGUAAAGAUCAAGACAGAAAAGGCAAAGGACGACUGACUGGUGGAAGAGGAGAGGUGGACCUCAAUUCCAUUCUCCUAAUGAGGUUAAGUUCCCUGUACCCCAUUUCCCUGGAUGUUAAUGGUAUUAUUAAAAUGGUAUUUUAACAUUUGCCCCAUCUGUGCAUGCGCCAUGUCUUCAGGCAGCAUUGUGCAGCAGCACACAGUAUCGAUGCAGUUCGUGCCUGGACCCACAGCAUUUCUCUACUCGGUCGGUCCAUUUGUGGCAGAAUGUUUUAGUGAACCAUCAAAUAUACCUAUUGGGGUUAGGGUUAGGGUUAGGUUUAGGGUUAGCUAGCAGAUGUGACUGUUGGGCGGGUGUGCUCUGAUUCAGCGCAACAUUCCAUUUUAAAGUUUUAAAGACGUGUCGUAGAUCUGGAAUUUCCUAAGCGCAAUGUCUGUUUACGUUACAUUUUGUGUUUAAGGAAAAUCUAGACAAUUGUCUAAAAAUCCAGUCCACAGGUUCUGAACAUAAUACAGAAGCCUUGGUUUUAUGCGUUGCACAUAGAAUGCAUAGAUAUUCUACAAUUUCCAUAUUGCGUAAUAUAAAUGUGCUGUACAUAGGAUGUAAGGCUUGGGAGGUUGAGGUUUUCUUGGGGCUUAGGUUAAUCAAACUACCAUGAGUAGAAGCAGCACUACUGUGGCAUUGGAUUUUCAUACAUUUAAAUUAUAUUAAAUGAUGGUGUUUAUAAAUGUAACUAGUGUUCAGAAAUGAUUUUGCAUUUUCUUAAUGCCCUGCCUUUGUUUAUAUUAAUAUGUUGAAACAUGUCAUUAAACCAUAACAACCCAUGUAGUGAACCAUAUACAUCUGAAAUCUGUUAUAUCGGAUUUAUCACAAGUAGCUUGACUGAACUUUCCAACAUUCUUUUGCAGCUGAGCGCAUAUAAUUAAUGAUGUCAUUGUCAAUUAUUCCCUCUAAUGUUUAUUCAUUAGCUUAUGAAUAAAUUGUUUCAUAAACAAGU